CAAAAUUGAUGCUCGCUUAUAAUGAACUGGACCAAGAAAAGAAAAAAAGUCAUUCGUGAUUGAUUCCAAUAUAUAUUUCGAUAAAUUAUUUAUGCUUCAUUAUUAAUACCGUUAAACCGCGUGUUAAUAAUGCUGCUGCGAUGCACUUCCUUCCUGGCGCCUUCUUCUUCUUGUUGAUAAAAAAAAAAGAAAGUAGUAGAGUAAAAUAUUUCUGGUUGUAGUAAAUUCUCGAAAUCAAAUUUGAGUGUCAGAUCAGAUCAGAUCCGAUCCAUCAUAAGCUGAAUCCAAAUUCCUCUUAUAUUAUUCUAAUGCUAAACCCCCUUCCUCCUCGCAAACCCUAAUCAAUCAGAAAGCAAAUAAAAAGAAAACAAAUGAAAGGAGGAGGAGGAGGAAUAAUUAGUGUCGGGAACACAAAGGCAUCAGCGGCAGGUGGGGGCGGGGGAUGGUUCACAAUAGGAUUAGUGUCGUCGUGGUACGCAUCAAACAUAGGGGUGCUUCUACUAAACAAAUACCUGCUGUCCAACUACGGGUUCAAGUACCCAAUCUUCUUGACCAUGUGUCACAUGACCGCUUGUUCCCUCCUCAGUUACGUCGCCAUCGUUUGGUUGAAGAUGGUUCCCUUGCAGGCCAUCAGGUCCAGGCGUCAGUUCCUCAACAUCUCCGUCCUCAGUCUCGUCUUCUGCGCCUCCGUUGUCAGCGGCAAUGUUUCCUUGAGGUAUCUGCCCGUUUCCUUCACCCAGGCCAUCGGAGCUACCACGCCCUUCUUCACUGCCGUCUUUGCUUACCUGAUGACUUUCAAGAGGGAGGCUUGGCUCACUUAUUUCACCCUUGUCCCUGUCGUCACCGGCGUCGUCAUUGCCAGCGGGGGUGAACCAAGUUUCCAUCUAUUUGGUUUUAUUAUGUGUAUCGGUGCUACAGCUGCAAGAGCAUUAAAAUCAGUCCUUCAAGGGAUUUUGCUGUCCUCAGAAGGGGAAAAACUGAAUUCCAUGAACCUUUUGUUGUACAUGGCACCAAUAGCUGUUGUGAUAUUGCUUCCAGCAACAUUGCUUAUGGAGGAGAAUGUGGUUGGCAUCACCAUAGCUCUUGCCCGAAAAGAUGUCAACAUUGUUUGGUAUCUGCUCUUCAAUUCUGCAAUGGCAUAUUGUGUGAACCUAACAAAUUUCUUGGUUACUAAACACACAAGCGCAUUGACACUCCAGGUACUUGGAAAUGCUAAAGGAGCAGUUGCUGUUGUGGUGUCAAUUAUGAUAUUCAAGAAUCCAGUAUCGGUAACAGGGAUGCUAGGAUACUUGCUGACAGUGCUGGGAGUGAUUCUUUAUAGCGAAGCCAAGAAGAGGACUAAAUAAACACUUAUCCAUUUUCUCUCGCAUCCACAGGUUGUAGCAUUCCCCUUUCAGCAAAGUUGAGAGCAGGAUUUUAGCGUAUUCUUUUGGGAGAAACUUUUAGUAUGAUUCGUUGUUCAUUCAAGUCCAUGUAUUUCCUUGAUUUUUUGGUUUUGACUGAUGAAAAAACUCAUUUGUAGCUUGUGACGUACGUGAUCAUGGGUUUACAAAUAUAUACAGUUGUAUAAAUACUGUAGAAUAUGAAUCAACGUGAAUACCUGACUCUUGCCUUAA